AUGGAGCCAGUACUUGCGGCUAAUCUCUUCGUCAAAAGCCUACAGGAGGUCAUCUGCGAAGAAAACAAAGACAGACCCAUCUUGCGUGAACCAUACAAAAUUACCACUCCCCCUGAAAGAAGAGAUAAAAAUAGGUUUUGCCUCUUCCACAAGGAACAUGCCCACACAAUCUCCGAGUGCCACAACCUCCACAAUCAGAUCCAGGCCCUCAUUAGAAGCGGACGAUUAACCCAGUACAUUAAUGGAUCAAGCAGAUUCGGUGUCUCGCAACCCAACACCACUUCUGCCCCGACACCGCCCAUGGCAGAUUCCCUGAAUGUGGCUUCCACGAGCUCACAAGAGCCUCUCAAACAAAUCCCCAUGAUACAUGGGAUCAUGGAGAUCACCACAGAACAAGAGCGGGCAACCAAAAAUCGUAAAAGAAUGGAGGAAAGGGUGAAGCGAUACAGAUCAUUAGGCCACACCGUCAACCUUGUCGCUUUAGAAGACAAAUGCUAUCCAUCCUUUGCAAUUACUUUCACAGAAGAUGACUUGCGGGGCUUACACCUAUCCCAUGACAAUCCUUUAGUCAUUUCAUUGCAAUUCGACCAUUGCCAGUUAAGGAGAGUCUUAGUCGAUGGGGGCAAUUGA